ACGGCGAGGAGGACGAGACCCGCCUUUUGGCAUUUCCUAGCUUUGUUUGCUCCCUUUUCCUCUCAUCGGUCUCAGCCUCCUUUCCCUUUCUUCUCACUCGCUCCUUGUUACCGGCUGGUUCGCGAGGCACCGAGGCUGUCCCGACCACCACCAUCUCCCAGUCCUCCGAUCACGUUGACAACAUGGUGAGAAAACGAAGAACUGAACUUCCUGGAUCUAGGGAGAACAUCGAAACUAGAGAGAGUAUUGGCAGCAGUCAACCAGCUGUGCCCACUCACCGGUUGGAGACGAAUCCGACUUCCCAGCAACAGAGAGCUGGGGCGGGACAUGGUUGGGUUCCAUCAAACCCUCUUCUACCCCAACAAGCAGGCCGAGGUAGUGCAGGAUAUCAGGGGCACGGUGGAUGGCGGCCCCAUGGAGUCCCAGCACCACAGCAGCCUGGUGCACCAGCUCACGAGUACCAAGUUCAUUGUGGGCCUCUGCCCAGUGGCGCAAUGCCACCUCAGCGACAACAUGGUGUAUGGCAGGUUAGUGGCAGUGUACCUGGUAGAAGUGGGGUAAGCCCCUCAGCUGCAGGUCCAUCAAGGCCACCAGCUCCCGAGCUGCACCAAGCAAUGCAAGCUCCUUAUCAAGUUGCCCAAGCAUCAUUGUCACAGGGGAGGUCACCAUGGCACCAUGAGACUUCCUCUGCUCAAACUGCAACAUCAUUUGAACAGCUUUCUGUUCAAGAUACAGCUACAUCAAGCCAAGAUAUCCAGCCAGUGGUUUCACCGCCGUCUUCAAGUAAGUCUAUCAGAUUUCCAUUGCGCCCUGGAAAAGGUAGCUUUGGUGACAAAUGUGUGGUGAAGGCUAAUCACUUUUUGGCUGAACUACCUGACAGGGACCUUCAUCAAUACGAUGUUUCGAUUACACCAGAAGUUGCAUCCCGGGGUGUCAAUCGUGCUGUGAUGGAACAGUUGGUCAGAUUGUAUAGGGAGUCUUAUCUAGGAGGGCGCCUUCCUGCUUAUGAUGGCAGGAAGAGUCUCUAUACAGCUGGUCCAUUGCCUUUUGCCUCAAGAGAGUUCCACAUCACUCUUACUGAUGGGGAAGAUGGUACAGACAUCAAAAGACACCAGAGGACAUUCAGGGUUGUUAUCAAGUUUGCUGCCCGUGCAGAUCUUCACCAUCUCGAGAUGUUUUUAACUGGGAGGCAGCCCGAUGCUCCGCAGGAAGCACUGCAAGUUCUUGAUAUCGUUCUGCGUGAACUGCCAACGGCUAGAUAUCUCCCUGUUGGUCGUUCCUUUUAUUCUCCUGAUCUAGGAAGAAGGCAGUCACUCACUGAGGGAUUAGAAAGUUGGCGGGGCUUUUAUCAAAGCAUUCGUCCAACACAAAUGGGCCUCUCUUUAAAUAUUGACAUGUGUUCCACUGCUUUCAUCGAGCCUCUUCAUGUCAUCGACUAUGUCACCCAGCUUUUGAAUAGGGAUGUCCGUUCAAGACCAUUGUCAGAUGCUGACCGUGUAAAGAUUAAGAAGGCUCUCAGAGGAGUAAAAGUUGAGGUUACUCAUCGUGGAAAUAUGCGCCGAAAAUAUCGCAUAUCUGGUUUAACUUUGCAGGCAACUAGAGAGCUCACCUUCCCCGUUGAUGAGAGGGGGACGAUGAAAUAUGUUGUGCAAUAUUUUCAAGACACAUAUGGAUUUACCAUCCAGCACACAAAUCUGCCAUGCCUGCAAGUUGGUAACACACAAAGACCAAAUUACCUGCCUAUGGAGGUUUGUAAGAUUGUGGAUGGGCAGAGAUACUCCAAGCGCUUGAAUGAGAAACAAAUAACUGCUCUUCUGAGGGUGACAUGUCAACGCCCUCAUGAACGGGAGCGUGACAUUAUUCAGACGGUUCAUCAAAAUGCAUAUCAUGAAGACCCUUAUGCUAAAGAAUUUGGCAUCAAGAUCAGUCAGAAACUUGCAUCAGUUGAGGCACGAAUAUUACCAGCUCCUUGGCUCAAAUACCAUGAUACUGGUAGAGAGAAGGAUUGCUUGCCAAGAAUUGGCCAGUGGAAUAUGAUGAAUAAGAAAAUGGUGAAUGGUGGGAGAGUGAACAACUGGACAUGUAUCAACUUUUCACGAAAUGUUUAUGAAAAUGUUGCUCAUGGAUUCUGUCACGAGCUUGCCAAGAUGUGCCAGAUAUCUGGAAUGGAAUUUGCUCUAGAACCUGUGCUUCCUCCACUUAGUGCACGGCCCGAUCAAGUGGAAAGAGCUCUAAAGUCAUGCUAUCAUGAUGCAAUGAACAUACUCCAACCUCUUGGCAAGGAACUUGAUUUGCUCAUUGUGAUAUUGCCUGAUAAUAAUGGUCCACUCUAUGGUGAUCUGAAAAGGAUAUGUGAGACAGAUCUUGGAUUAGUUUCACAGUGCUGUUUGACUAAGCAUGUUUUUAAGAAGAAUAAGCAGUAUCUUGCCAAUGUGGCUCUGAAGAUAAAUGUGAAGGUUGGAGGUAGAAACACUGUCCUGAUGGAUGCUUUGUCAAGGCGUAUACCUCUUGUUAGUGAUAGACCUACCAUUAUAUUUGGUGCUGAUGUAACCCAUCCUCAUCCUGGAGAGGAUUCAAGUCCAUCUAUUGCAGCUGUUGUUGCUUCUCAAGAUUGGCCUGAGAUAACAAAGUAUGCUGGUUUGGUAAGUGCUCAGGCCCAUCGUCAAGAGUUGAUCCAAGAUCUGUUUAAAGUCUGGCAAGAUCCUCAUCGGGGAACCAUCACUGGUGGCAUGAUUAAGGAUCUUCUCAUUUCGUUUAAAAGAUCUACUGGAAUAAAGCCACAGCGAAUUAUAUUUUACAGGGAUGGAGUUAGUGAGGGGCAAUUUUAUCAAGUUUUACUUUAUGAACUAGAUGCCAUCAGGAAGGCUUGUGCUUCAUUGGAACCAAACUAUCAACCACCAGUAACUUUUGUGGUGGUUCAAAAGCGUCACCACACCAGGCUCUUUGCCAAUAACUAUAAUGAUCAGCGCUCUAUUGAUAAGAGCGGAAAUAUUUUGCCUGGUACUGUUGUUGAUUCUAAGAUCUGCCAUCCAACAGAGUUUGACUUCUAUUUGUGCAGUCAUGCUGGGAUCCAAGGUACAAGCCGACCGGCUCAUUACCAUGUCUUAUGGGAUGAAAACAAAUUCACGGCAGAUGCUUUACAAACCCUAACCAACAACCUCUGUUACACCUAUGCAAGAUGCACACGAUCUGUAUCGAUUGUGCCACCUGCAUAUUACGCUCAUCUGGCUGCCUUCCGAGCCCGAUUCUAUAUGGAACCAGAGACAUCAGAUAGUGGCUCCAGGGCUAGUGGACCAGCAGGGCGUGGAUCUCUGGCCAGCGGACCAAGGAGUAGUACGAGGGUCCAUGGCAGUGGAAGUGUUAGACCCCUACCUGCUUUGAAAGAUAACGUGAAGAAGGUCAUGUUCUACUGUUAAACCAUGUAAGCCCCCCAGUGAAGUUUGCUAUUUUAUACAGGGUAACUCUUGUUCUUGGAGAUGGCAUCUACACUAUCAUUAUUCAAUAGCCUUAUCUGAUUGUUUGUUCACGUUUAUUUGAGGUUGUGUUUUCAUUUUGUGGUAGCAUUUGAGGCUACAACCUGUAACAUUUUAUUUAUGGCCAUCAUCUGUUUCAGGACGUGUAUUUCUUCACAAAAAA